AUGGCCUCGAGAAGGCUUACAAAGUCUACUUUAGCAGCUUUAAAAUCCUCAAGAACACUAAAACUCUCUCUCUCACAAUCCGGCACACGGCUUUCUCACUCUCGCCUUCAAUCUACUUCUGCCUCAGCUUCUUCUUUCACUAGUUCUCUCAAUUCACUUUGUCGGCCUCGUAUUUUCAACUCAAUUCCUCAGAACGAUGGCGCUUCUGCAAAGUUGUCGGCGAACGCUUUCACUCGCAAGUUCCACUCUUCCACUCCUCUUCGCUCCUCCGCCACCAGCUCCUCCCAGGCCAAUCCAACUGAGUACACUGAGAUGGCAUGGGAGGGCAUUGUUGGUGCUGUUGAUGCGGCAAGAGUUAGCAAUCAACAAGUGGUGGAAUCUGAACAUUUGAUGAAGGCCCUUUUGGAGCAAAAGGAUGGUUUGGCUCGAAGAAUAUUCACCAAGGCGGGGAUUGACAACACCUCGGUUUUGCAGGCUACAGAUGAAUUUAUAUCCCAGCAACCAAAGGUUACAGGUAACACCAGCGGGCCUGUAUUAGGAUCACAUUUUUGUUCCCUCCUGGAUGAUUCUCGAAAGUAUAAAAAGGAAAUGGGGGAUGAUUUUGUGUCUGUUGAGCAUCUUUUGUUGGCCUUUCAUUCUGAUAAGAGGUUUGGGCAACAACUAUUCAAGAACCUUCAGCUUAGCGAGAAGGAUUUGAAGGAGGCCAUCAAAGCUGUUCGUGGAAAUCAGAGAGUAACGGAUCAAAAUCCUGAAGGAAAAUAUGAGGUACUGGACAAAUAUGGAAAUGAUUUGACAGAGCUUGCNGCUAUAAAAUAA